AGGAUAAGCAUAAAUGGUAGAUUUAGAUAGAGAUGUCUAGAGAUGAAAGCUCAGAAUACCUUUUAGAAAGUUAUGAAAAUGUUGAAAAGGGUUGGUUGAAAGAAUUUUUAAAACAUGUCAAAUCAUUGAACAUUGAGAAUGAUUGUCCAUAUCUAACAGCUGAAUUUAUACUAGAGAAAUUACAAAAAGAACAUGAUGUGUUGGGUUUACCAGUGUUGUAUCUGUCAAAUCUGUUGUUGAAGUUACGAUCCUUGUCUGAUGAAGUUGAUCAUGUUGAUGAAAAACAAACAGGAAAACCAUUUUCUGAAUUAAAAGAAAGAUCAUUAGUAAUUUGUAAACUAGUGUCAUCAAGAUUCCCUGUUGGUAGCCUCAGUAUCAUGGACAAUGAGCAAAAUGCAGUUUUAUGCAGUGUGAUUGAGCAACAUGUAGAAUCUAUAUCCAGUAUUAACAAGUGGUGUGCUCUAACAUCAUUGAAUAAUAUAUGUGUGACUUCUUCAGGUGAAAAAUAUGUGGAAGUUAGUGGUCCAAUUAUACCACUGGAGAAAGCAAAUGAUGAGAAAUGUACAGCUUUAAAGUCAGCUGAUGCUAAGGUUAUGUUGGAAAACAAGGAGUUAUCAAAGAAAUCAGAAGUUAUAAAUAUCUGUGGACGAAUCAUAGUUGUUAGUGAAAUUUUCAGUGUUAAACAUGACAGUUUGUUUUGUGUGAGACUGGAAUUUGAUGUGAACAUACUCAUUAAGAAAAAGGAGCUUUUGUACUGGCAAACAUUUCUAUCACCAAAGAAAGAGUAUCUUUUUACCAACAUGAAACCAACAACAUUACAAAAGGGUGCUGGCCAUCCUGUGAGAUUAUUUGUUCCAAGUAAAAAUAGUACUGUGUAUUGUUCUACACCAGAAAGAAGCAAUACUCUAUCAUUGAAGGACUGGAUUUCAAAAGCAGGCAUAACAGAUGAAGAAAUAUCAGUAGAUGACAAAGACUACAGAGCAACAGAUAAAAUAGUAGAAAACAAUCACAUUUCUUAUCAAGGUGUUAUCACAAGUGAUGAACAUGCUUACCUAGGUGUAUUUGAACUGGAUCAGAAGGUCAGGUUAUAUCUAUCCUACAUUCCUGUGACUUAUGUCAGCCUGAGACUUGGAACUAAGAUCAUGGUUUACAAUGCACAUCUACAAAAAUCUGAAAAGGAUGAAAAAAUUAGAAUAGUUGGUUGUUUGUCCAGCUGUAUCAAGAUUCUUGAGUUUUCUACAACAAAUCUUUCUGCAGUGAAUGUAAGGAUUCCUAAAUCUAUCCAAACUUGUUUGUGGAAACAACAGUAUAGUUUGAAUGGUUUUACUUUUGUUAUAGAUGUUAUGCUCCAUUUGAGAAAGAAAUUUACCAACUACUCAAAUGAAAGAUUUGGAGAACUACUUCCUGUUAUUACAGACCUGUGUUUAAUAAACACUAUUUCGACCAGAAAUCAUUUACAAGAAGUUCUGACUACUACAUGUUGUUUCCUCUCUGAUAAAACAGAAUAUGAAAAAACUUUUCCACAAGUGAAUGAGAUUGACAUUCCCGAUGCAGAUGACAAAAUGAAUGACAUAGCUAUAGCAAAGCAUGAUGGGAGUAAAGAUUGGAAUCAUGUCCUUUAUUGGAAUUAUGUCAUACAACAAGGAGCUGUACACCAGAUGAUAAUAGGAGAAAUUCAUACAAGCUCCAGAUCUGGUCAAGUUCAGCUUAGAGAUCAAACAGGAGUCAUAGAUUGUGUUCUCAUGGAAACAAAAAUAGAUAAUAAACAAUGCCAUGAAUGUACAACUGAGUGUUGCAUGUGCUAUCAAACACCAAGGUCAAAGUUCAAAUGUCCAUAUCUCCAUCCACAUCACAGUGGAUGCUUGGUUGCCAUUACAAAAUUCACCGUUGUCAAGGAGAGAUUCCUUCAGGGAAAUUUCAUGGAUAUAAAAACAAAGGCCAAUAUUGUGACAAACAAAACUAAGGAACUAUAUAUCAAGUAUUUGGUUUUCAGUUUAUCAGAUGUAAUUUUGAUUCAUAAACCUAAAUAUUCAAUCAGCUGUAAACAUUCCUCUUUACAAAAUUCUUCCAAAGACAAAGAAAAUCCUAAAAACGAUGUUGAUAAAAUGGAUAAUUCUAAUAUUCACAGAUUGUAUGUAAAUCAUAAGGAAUCAUUGAAUUUGAAUGAUAAUAUCAAAAGCAAAACCGGAUUAUCGUUUAUUACUCAUAUAUGUGACCAUUUACACCAAAGACAAGACAUGCUAGAAGAGAAAUGUUUGACUUCCCAAACUCAGAAUGACCUUGAGAAAGAUGUCAAGGUUGAUGUUAAACAACAAUCUUGUGCAAAAUGUCAACUAGUAUUAUUUGAGAACUCUAAUGUCAAAUAUUAUAAUGUCAUACAUAGUGGGUGUUUGUAUAGGUUUAUUGGUUUAAAUGGUGUUAUGAAAGAAAGGAGGAAGUUACCAUGGCAACUGAAACAGUCUGCAAAGAAGGCUGGUGACAAUACGUGUUAUGUGUUGCCAGAUAAUUUUGUUGCUGAAAGAGAAUUUCAUGAACAGAAAUGUGAUGCAGUAAACUGGUUGGAAGGAAUGGUUGAAAGUAUAGAUUAUAUCAUGACUGACAGACAUUGUAAAGAUUAUGUUAGUAUAUUAGGCACCAUUGUUAGAAGAGUCCAUCAUGAACCUGAUGAUAUUGGUAUAGUUCUUAAAAGACUGAAAUUUAACAACAAGCAUCUUACAUCAGAUAAUGGGAUAUCAACUCUGGAUAACUGGCAGAUACAGCUUCAAAUAAAGUGUAUGAAAUCGGAAAGAGAAAUAUCUGUGUAUCUUAAACUUGACAACAUAACUUAUUCACUGGGACUGGUUCCUGGAACUGUUGUGUACAUGGAGCAAAUAGAGAGAAGAGUGUCAAGGAAGGGUGUGGUGUAUUGUCAGUUCAGUAUUGUAUCAUCACUUACUGUACUGCAUCAGAACUGGUCGGAAUUGACAACAAGAAAAGCAGAAACCUCAGAAGAAUGUAAUAACAGUCAACCUCCUAUUGAACAACAGUUUUAUUUAGGUUAUCUAGCAGAUGUUUGGAAAGAUAAUUCAAUACAGCAGUUCUCCUGUGUCUGUUUCAUUCAAAAGGUUGUCAAGAUAUCAUUGAAGUGUUGCUGUCAGAUGUGUGGUAGUGUUAUUGUAGAUCGAUGUGGCAAUAACUUAUGUCAUUCUGAGGAAUUAAAAUUUGUUGCUAGAAUAAGUUUGAUAAUAGAUGAUGGAACCAGUGUUGCUAUGGUUACUUGUUCUGAUAAAGAGGUUCAGAAAUUACUAUUGUUGUCUGAUGAUCAAUGGGAAGCUUUGAAACUUUCAGUGAAGCAACAUGGUGAAGUGUUUUUACAACAGAGUUUUCCAGAUUUUGGGUCUACCUUAGAGAAGUUUGUAUAUGUGCUAUGUGAGAGCUCAGUGAUCAAAAGGACAGUAAACAUGAGUUUAACAUGUAAACCUAUCAGCUGUAAUGGAAAGGAACCAUAUCUACAUCCCUGUGAUCUAUUAAAUAACAUGGACUUAGAAGAUUUCACAGAGAAGACAAUAGAUACAGGAAUUGCUACCAUAAAGACAAGAUGUUUACCUUUCAUCCAGUUAAGCUGCCAGAAAGUAACAGAAAUGGACUAUCUUAAACAUACACUGUCAUCUUUUGUAGAUCAGUAAAUGUAUUAAACUAAUUUCUAAUGGAAUAAAUUUAGCAUUUAUUUCAAGUUUUUUCCAGGUAUGUCCACUGAAAAGUGAAUC